AUGAGGACGUGGAUCUUUACCGUCGCGUACUCGCUAGCAACGACGGUUGUCGGUCAGCAAGAGGACAAACCCGACGAGGCGGCGGUCCGUUUCGCCAAGAGCUACAUUGUCGAAUAUGCCGCCGGCACAAUCGGCAAGAGGAGCUCACUCGCCUCGACGGACGGCGUCAAGGUGAUCAAGAACUUCGACAGCGACGUCUUCAACGGCGCCAGCGUCGAGACCGCCGACCUGAACCUCGACGGCCUGCUUUCCCUCCCGGACGUCGUCGGCGUCUGGCCGAACAGCCCCGUGUAUCUCGAGCCCUCCGCUCCUGUCGACGCCAGCCUCCAGGCCGCCUCGUCCGUUGUCCACAGCGUCACGGGCGUGGGCAAGCUGCACGAGGAGGGGAUCUUCGGCAAAGGCGUCAAGGUCGGUGUUGUCGACACCGGUAUCUGGUACGACCACGAUGCUCUUGGCGGGGGAUUCGGAGAGGGCUUCAAGGUGGCCGGCGGAUACGACUUUGUUGGAGACCAAUAUUGGCCUUCCAUCGGUUACGAAAGGGAACCGGAUUCUGAUCCCCUGGAUCUGCUGGGCCACGGUACCCACGUCGCCGGUAUCGUCGCUGGAAAGGCAGAUGAUUUCGCCGGCGUGGCCCCCGAGGCGACCCUCUACGCCUACAAGGUUAUGUCCAGACAGGGCUCGACAGAUGCUGCGACUCUGAUUGAAUCUUUUCUCAAGGCAUAUGAUGACGGCGUCGACAUCAUCACCUCCAGCAUCGGUGGCUCCAGCGGUUGGGCCGAGGAAGCCUGGGCUGUAGUCGCGUCCAGACUCGUAGAGCAAGGAGUCGUGGUGACGAUAUCCGCCGCCAACUCCGGCUCGCAGGGCGCGUUCUACUCCAGCAGCGGCUCCUCCGGUAAGAACGUCCUCGCCAUCGCCUCGGCUGACGCACCCUCCGUUGACGCCGUCCGCGCAUCCUCCUUCACGUCCUGGGGUCUCCUGAACGACCUCAGCGUGAAGCCGGACGUUACGGCCCCCGGUGGCUCCAUAUACAGCACGUACCUUGACAAUGGCUGGACCACGAUGAGCGGCACGUCCAUGUCAUGUCCGUACGUCGCCGGCGUCGCGGCCCUCUAUAUCGGUGCUUUUGGCGGUCGCUCGGUACACGGCAAGGGCUUCGCCUUGGCUCUUCACAAGCAGAUCAUUGCCAGCGCUCGUCCGCUCGGGUACCAUGAUUCAUGGUACUCGGAUCUGUUUGCUCCUGUUCCCCAGGUUGGUAAUGGCCUGGUGGACGCGGUCAAGUUGCUCCGUUCGAACACGACCUUGGACUUCAAACCCAUCGCCCUGAACGACACCCGCUACUUUAGCAGAUACCACGACAUCACCGUCAAGAACGGGGGUUCCGAAGAUGUGACCUAUCACCUUUCGGCGCAGGACGCAUAUGGAGUCGAGACGUUGCUCCUGAACAGAAACACCCAAGACAAACAGUUGAAAACCCUCAGCCAGCUGGUCCCUCAAAAGUUGGCAGUGGAGGUCAGCCUGCCUCGCGAGUUCACCCUCAAGCCCGGCGAGAGCAAGGCCGUCUCUGUCAACUUCAAGAACCCAGAUACUCUCGGGUGGAACGCGGCAGUGCUCCCGCUGUACAGCGGUAGGAUCAUCGUUUCCGGUGACAAUGGCGAAGAGCUCUCGGUACCGUAUGCAGGCGUCGCGGGCGAUUUGAGAAAAGAGCUGGCCCCUCUGUUUCGAAAUGGUUUCCCUUAUAUCGAGAGUGGUGCUCCGGCAGUCAGAGGCAAGACCUCGUUCACCUUCAACCUUACGCUUGAAGUCCAAGACUUCCCAAAGAUCUUCCACAACAUCCUCUGGGGCACGCGAGAACUCCGCUGGGAUAUCUUCGGAGCAGGGUGGAGCGAGAGACAAUGGGUGUACCCACCGGUUGUCGGUGAUAAUGGCUACGUUGGAUCCGGUGCUUACUGGGUUGGAUCCGGACAGGCGCCGUUCUUCGACCCGAGCAGAUGGGAUGCGGAAGACACGCUGUCCUACCCAAAGAUCAACCAGCCGAGAAGCAACUUCAACUUUGAGAACUGGUGGUUCGGCAAGUUGGCGAACGGCAGCCAGAUUGCCGUUGGCAACUACACACUGAGAUACGCUGCCUUGAAGCCCUUUGGUAACCCCGCGCACUCGGACAACUGGGCGACGUUUACCACGCCGAUUGAGGUUCUGGGCCAGUAUUAG